AUGGUGUAUGAGAACAUCAUCAAAGUAACAAAGGAAUUUGACUCCAAAUAUUGUAUCAGAGAGGGAGGAACAGGGAGUGUAUACAAGGCAGAGUUAAGCAUUGGUCAAGUGGUUGCUGUAAAGAAGCUUCAUGCAAAUACUGAUUGUGAUGAUCACCAAAUGUCCCAGUAUCAUAAUGCUUUUAUGAUUUAUGAGUUUAUAGAAGGGGGAAGCUUGCAAAAUGUCUUGAACAAUGAGGAAGAAGCAAAAGCAUUCGGUUGGAGCAAAAGGAUAAAUGUUGUAAAAGGAGUUGCGGAUGCAUUAUCCUAUAUGCAUCAUGAUUGUCCACCUCCUAUAAUCCAUCGAGAUAUAAUAACCAAAAAUAUUCUUCUGAAUGUAGAACAUGGUCAAGCUCAUGUUUCUGACUUUGGGAAAGCAAGUCUUCUCAAACCAGACUCAUCCAAUUGGACUUCAUUUGUAGGAACAUUUGGAUAUGCUAUUCCAGAACUUGCUUACACAAUGAGAGUGAAUGAGAAAUGUGACGAGUAUAGCUUUGGAGUGGUGAUGUUGGAGAUACUGAUGGUGAGGCAUCCAGGAGAUCUCAUUUCAUCUCUUUCAUUGUCAUGGUCCUCAUCAUCAUCUGCAACACCAGCUUAUGACCAAGUAGGAGUGAUGGAUGUUUUGGACAGUGCUUACCCAAUUUGA